AUGAAUUCAACUUCGUGGUACGACCCAUUGCCUUCGGCUUCGACGCCAUCUCCAAUGGCUGAUGAGAGGAGUAGAUUCAUCUUGGAUGUGGUGUGGACCAUCUUGGCCUCCUUGGGUGUGGUCGGAAACGUAUUUGUCCUGGUCGUCAUAGGGAGUGUCAAACAGCUGCAAUUAGGCGUUACCAAUAUUCUCAUCGCAAACCAGUCCCUGAUCGACCUACUGACAUCUCUUCUUGUUUUCCUUUGGUGGGUACCUCCACUACCAAUCAACGAAGACAACCACAUCCGUGCCAAAAUCAUCUGCGUGACUUUCGACAAGAGGUACUUCUUCUGGUCAUCUGUAACUGCGUCGACAUUCAACCUGGUCUUCAUCAGUCUGGAGCGUUACUAUGCCGUCUUACAUCCCUUCAAAUACAAGAAGAAUAUCACAACCAAGAGGGGAAUGCAGAUAGCUGUUCUACCCUGGUAUCGAAAGUUUCAAAGAGGAGUCAUGACAUUGAUUUCAAGAGGAGUGAAUUUCGGUGGUGUGAACGAAGAGACCGGUUCAGCCCACACAACCUGA